AUGGCACAACCACCCGCUCGAUCCGCUUUCCCGUCCAACAUCCUCAACCCCGCCCUUACCUCGACACUCUCGCCCAGCCUCUCGCAUACGAACACGCCCGGAUCCGCCAGCUCCACCAACAACACGUUCCUCAUGUCUGCGAGCCCCGUCCAAAGCCGUCGAUCAGCCGUAGAAGGCUACAAGCCCAAGAUGAUUUCGACAAUUGGCGCCAAGCCCGCCUGCCUCGUCAAUGCCUCCGUGACAUAUGUUGGCGAUGACCAGAUAUACGCCUUUGGAGGCUUCGACCAGUACACCGACGAAGUAUACAACCACGUGCUUCGUUUGAACCUCGUUACACGGCAAUGGAACCUGGUCGACAACUACGGCGACAUUCCAGGCGUACGCAUGGGACACACUGCAUGCCUUUGGCAAGGCAACAAGCUCCUCGUAUUUGGCGGAGAAAAUGAGCACCGCCAGCAUCUUGCCGACGUUAUUGUAUUCGAUCUCAAAACCGCCCAUUGGACGCAGCCCGAACUCCACGGGCCCAUACCUCGCGGCCGUGCGCGCCACUCAGCUGUUAUAUACGACGACAAAUUGUACAUCAGCGGUGGCCAGACUGGGCAUGAUAGCGUGCUAGACGACAUCUGCUACCUUGACCUGAAGACAUGGACCUGGUCUCGGACAUGGAAAUUCGUCCCUCGCUACGACCACGCCAGCUGGAUCUGGAAUGGUCGCAUCUGGAUAUUCGGCGGCAUCAACGAUGACAUGGAAAAGAACAAUGAGAUCUGGUGGCUCGAUCUCCGCGGUAGCCCAGAGUUUGACCAUGCAAUGAAAUAUGGGACGGGCGACCGGCAACUCAUCUCAUCCCGACAUCGUUACCCUGUCCCGGCUUCUGGCCAGCUCGCGACCGGCAGUACAGGCUACACUGCAAAUUCCAGCGUUCAGUCGUACCACGGAAUGGGUUCAAGUCGGUCACCCUAUGUUGCGCCUGGAUCCAUUUCGUCUCUCAGAUUCCAUUCCAGUCCAAAUCUACCAUCACAGGCCGCGGGUACGCAUUUCCACAUCUUCUCAUCUGGCUGCAUGCUGGACUUUGUCACUCCGGCAGAGCUGAGUUGCGAGACGAGCUUGUCUAGUCUGGAGCUAGACACUUUGCGAUGGCAGAAGCUCGCCGACGGAAAGGAUCUUUACAGCCCCAACUACCGCUGGCACUAUUGCACCACCAAUCCUGAAGGAACGCAUGCAUGGCUUCUGGGCAGCCCAAUUGAGUCGGCCAACGAUGGGAACCAUAAUGGUGAGUAUCUUAGCGACGUUCUCGCCAUCGACCUCCGCAAGUACGGCAUCCUGGGUAACGAGCUGGCCUCGGACACGCGCUCCAAGAUGAUGCCCUCCUCUGACGCCAAUGUUUCUUCGCAUCUCACCGGCAUUGGUGCGGAUCUGUCCCUGACGUUCGACCAACCACUGGAGAGUGGCAGCGGCGCAGACUUCAUUAUAACGGCGGAUCCUGAUGAUGAUGAUUAUGUGGAUGUUGCAACACCAGAUCCCAAUGGCUCGUCAACGGCUGUGAGUCCAGUCUCGCGGCCGAUACACGUCCACAAGCUCAUUCUACAUGCUCGUUGGCCUCAUUUCGCCCGUCUAUGGAGCGCCCAGAUGGCUGAGUUCCAUUCGAAGAAAAUGCAUAUCCCUGAGCCAUACUCGGCAGUUCGGGCGUUCCUGUUCUACCUGUACACCGACAGUAUUGCGCCGAAUCCGCAGAAUGGACCCAGCCUGAACGAUGUGGCCGGCAUGCUUGUCAUGUCAAACAUCUACGACAUGCCUCGUCUUCGCCUGCUCUGUGUAAACCGUUUAGGCCGGGAGCUCGACAUCGAGCACGCUGCCACAAUCUGGGAGCGUGCUGCUACUGCUGGAGAGGACUGGCUCAAGCAGCGAGCAGCGACGUUCUGUAUGCAAAACUUUGGUAGAAUCGUCCGCACAGCAGGCUACCGUAGUCUCAGUCCCGCAAGCUUGAUUGAGCUUAGUUGUGAGGCUACCCCAGAAGCGCGUGUCGUCGGUGGGGAAGAUCUGGAUCUGCUCAGCCAGCUUACCGGCCGCUCCUUUGGUGGUAGUAACCGCAAGCGGAGCUUGGGUAGCGCGGGCGUUCUCACUGCUGGGGAAGAUGAUGGCGAGGACGAGGUGGAAGAUGAUGGUAUGGAUGUGAACUAA